AAAUGAAUAAACAACAAUUUCUCCGAUUGAUUAAAUCAACUAACAAACAAUUAAACAAUCUUCCAACUCCAAUAAUCAUCCUUAACAAAUCACAACAAUUUAAUAUGUUUAGAUAUCCGAAUGAGAGACAAUUGGAAAUAUUUUCUUCAUGGUGAAACCCAAAGUUUGACUGAAUUUAAAGUGUAACAAUUAAACUGCCAUGAAAUUAAAACGGGAAAUUCGUAAGCCAAUUAAGAUAACUGUUAGACCAAGUGAAUUAGUGGAAAGGUCAACAAUUAACCCGUACAAACAUCACAAGAAAAAAAAAGCCCGAGAAAAAUUAGCGAUUUUAACUCAAGAUUUAGAUGAGGCCGAUGGUCACUUUGGCGUUUUCAACGUGAUCGGAUUAGUUUUAUUAUUCAUCUACCAAUCAAUAGUGAUUUUACCUUUCAUCUGGUCGGGAUUAUUAUCAACCUUUUACGAAUUCGGAAGUUCAAAUAGUAAAACUGAUCUUUUGAUCGACGAACUCGGAACUUUCAGUCCUCUGGAAGCCGAUCAACGAAAUAUAAUCGAGGCGAUGGUCCUUCGGAUUAAUACAAUUACUAAAUUGCUCGAAACAAUUUGCUCCAAUACGAAAUGUCCUUUUUAUCCUUAUCUUUGA